AUGUCGCAAGGGCAAUGGUUUGUCAAGUCAGGAGGACAGAAGAAGCAGGCGUCAAGUGGAGGCUUGAAGAUCUCCAUUCCGAAGUUUGAUAACUCUACUCUCAUUACGGGGUAUUCAAAGACGUUGAUUGGGAGGUGCAUGAACCCUGUCAAGCAGGAGAUGCAGUCGUUGCUCUAUCAUCUUCCACGCAUCUGGAAUGUGGAGGAGAGGAUGAUCUCCAUUGUGAGAUGGGAACCGGUGGUGGACGAUAAUUAUCCGUCCAAGAUAACUUUCUGGGUACGGGCUAUUGGUGUCCCUUUGCAUUUUUGGGCAGAGCCAACUUUCAGGAGUAUUGGGGAAGCUUUGGGAGUGGUUCGUGGAGAUGAUGCCAUUGAGAUUAAUGAGGGGAAGAUUCGAGCCACUCUGGAUGCAUUUAAGCCACUGGUGUUCUCCAUUACCGUUGAGUUUCACAGUGGGGAGGAAACAGUGGUUGCUUUGCGGUAUGAGCGUCUCCACGGCUUCUGCAGGACGUGCUCAAAGUUGACACACGACCAGUUCAAAUGUCCAAUCUCAAAAGGGCAGAAGGAGGAGGAUGGUGCUGGGCCAUCUGAUGAUAAAGGGGACCAAGGUGGGAAAGCUUUGAGCUAUAAAGGGGCAGUGGAGUCUAAAGCUUUGGAGACUAACUCUGAUGGAGAUGUGAGGAGACAUGCCCAACAGGUUUCUGGAAAACAAGAUGUAAAAGGGAAGAACAUUGAUUAUGAGGGUGGCAAACAAGUUGCUGGUGCGAAAGCAGGUCCAGGGAGAGGAUUUACGGAUCAUGGGAGGAGGAUGACAAGGUAUGUUAGGAAUGCUGGAUACCUCCCACCUCAAGAGCUAAGAGAUAGCUAUGCUAUGGCCACGGGUGGUCUUAAUGGUCUGCGCAGUCAGGAUGUUGGAGCCCAUCUGGAUCCUCAACAGAAACUGAUGCUAGAUGCUUUUAAGAGCAGUGAGAAUGUGGAGGCCUCAGGGUCAAAGGCUCGCAAAGCCCUAUUGAUCGAGAAUGAGGCUGUAAAGGAGAACGGAAGGGUGCUGUUGGAAGAGGGCCCGGUAGCAACAGUCCAGGCACCGGAAGUCAUUGCGGAGUCAAUUAAGAUGGACUCCAUUGGUGAAUCCAAAGAAGUGGAGAAAGAGAAUGCAAUGGAGCUAUCAUCUGAGGAGUUUGAUGGUAAACAGUCUUUGGAGACUGUAAUUAAGGAAGAUGAGGAGAUCGGCGAGAUGGUGGCAGGAUUAGAUGAGGAAGAUGGUAAUUUGGAGUUUGAAAUGAUGGAGGAUGAUGAGGAGGAGGCAGAGCUCGUUCAGGAAGCCCCUGCGGAUGGAAAUGUUAUGGAGAUUGAGGAAGCAUUCCCUACGGCUGGAGAAGGCGAUGUAGCAGGUGAGAAAGAGAAUAUGACGUCAAAGAAGAAAGCUGGAAAGUUCAUGGCUGAUGCGAUGGGAGGGAACGCGAAGAAGAGAUUGGUUCAGAGCUUGGUCUCUCCAAGGAAGAAGGCAAUGGCAAAGCAAGGCCAUAAGGCGGGAGACAAGGGUCCGGUGCCUACCAAGAAGGCCUCGUUCAAGCCGAAACCGGUCCUAGAUUGA